GCGGGGGCGGCGCUGCCCGGCCUCUGUCCCACUUCCAUGCACUUGACCUCGACCCUCCGGCCUCCGUCUGCGAUCUUCCCGUCCCAGAAAAUGAGGCCUGGAACAGACCCAGACCUUCCUGCCCGCCCGUCCCGAGUGGCCCCGGGGCCCCCGCCCCAUCUUUGGCCCCCAGCCUCUGCCUCUCUGCCGCCUCCAGGGUCGGGGGUCAGGCCGGGAAAGCCCCUUGGGAAGCCCCCGGGGAGCAGCUGGAGCGGGGUCGCGGGGCGGCGGGAAGGAGUGGGCGCCGCUAUUUAAGCGGCUUCACCGCGGCCUCGGGACAGAGGGGACUGAGCAUGGAUUGGGGACUGGCCCUCCUGCUGGCGGGGCUUCUGGGGCUCCUCCUCGGCCAGUCUCUCCAGGUGAAGCCCCUGCAGGUGGAGCCCCCGGAGCCGGUGGUGGCCGUGGCCCUGGGCGCCUCGCGCCAGCUCACCUGCCGCCUGACCUGCGCCGACCGCGGGGCCGCGGUGCAGUGGCGGGGCCUGGACACCAGCCUGGGCGCGGUGCAGUCGGACACGGGCCGCAGCGUCCUCACCGUGCGCAACGCCUCGCUGUCGGCGGCCGGGACGCGCGUGUGCGUGGGCUCCUGCUGGGGCCGCACCUUCCAGCACACCGUGCAGCUCCUUGUGUACGCCUUCCCGGACCAGCUGACCGUCUCCCCGGCAGUCCUGGCGCCUGGUGACCCGGAGGUGGCCUGUACGGCCCACAAGGUCACGCCCGGGGACCCCAACGCGCUCUCCUUCUCCCUGCUCCUGGGGGGCCAGGAACUGGAGGCGCAGGCCCUGGGUCCGGAGAUGGAGGAAGAGGAGCCCCAGGAGGACGAGGACGUGCUGUUCAGGGUGACAGAGCGCUGGCGGCUGCCGCCCCUGGGGACCCCUGUCCCGCCCGCCCUCUACUGCCAGGCCACGAUGAGGCUGCCUGGCUUGGAGCUCAGCCACCGCCAGGCCAUCCCCGUCCUGCACUGCCCGACCUCCCCGGAACCUCCUGACACGGCCUCCCCAGAACCUCCUGACACGACCUCCCCGGAGCUUCCCGACACGACCUCCCCGGAGCUUCCCAACACGACCUCCCCGGAGACCACCUCCCAGCAGGGCUCCACACACAGCCCCAGGAGCCCAGGCUCCACCAGGACUUGCCGCCCUGAGAUCUGCCAGGCUGGGCCCACGCAGGGAGAAGUGAUCCCAACAGGCUCGUCCAAACCUGCAGGUGACCAGCUGCCCACGGCUCUGUGGACCAGCAGUGUGGUGCUGGGACUGUUGCUCCUGGCCUUGCUCACCUAUCACCUCUGGAAACGCUGCCGGCACCUGGCUGAGGACGGCGCCCACCCACCAGCUUCUCUGAGGUUCCUGCCCCAGGUGUCAGCCUGGGCUGGGUUAAGGGGGACUGGCCAGGUCGGGAUCAGCCCCUCUUGAGUGGCCAGCCCUUCCCCCUGUGAAAGCAAAAUAGCUUGGACCCCUUGAAGCUGAGAACUGGUCAGGGCAAACCUGCCUCCCAUUCUACUCAAAGUCAUCCCUCUGCUCACAGAGAUGGAUGCAUGUUCUGAUUGCCUCCUUUGGAGAAGCUCAUCAGAAACUCAAAAGAAGGCCACCGUUUGUCUCACCUACCCGUGACCUCAAGCCACUCCCUGAGUGGUCCCCGCCUUUCAGGACGGAACCAACAUACUUCUUACAAAUAUUGAUUCAUGUCUCAUGUCUCCCUAAAAAUGCGUAAAACCAAGCUGUGCCCUGACCACCCUGGGCCCCUGUCUUCAGGACCUCCAAAGGCUUUGGCAAAUAAACCUCCUAAAAUGA